CCCCUUUGCAAGGAUCAUGCAUUUUGAUGAAUGAUGAUGUAUGCUCUUUGCUUGAGCUCCAUUAUUUUCUCGAUUCUUUGUGGAACUAACAGUGCAUCCGUAUCAUCAGGCACCACAGGCCCAUAUUUAGUUGCUUGGGAUGCCAAUUCGUAUCCUUCUGUCAAGGUCCUUCGUCAAAAUAAAUUAGUAUGGUUCUCAUCUCCUAGCCCAGAUGAUAGUAUUAUAACUGUAGUCAAAGAAAAGGAAGUCGUUGUACAAAGUGGAGGUGACUAUAAUUUUGAUGAUACAGUUAUUGAUGAAUGUAGCAAAGCAACAUUCAAGUCAUUAAAUGUAGUAAAAACAGGUGGAAUGCCAAUAGUUGUUCUUUCUGGUGAUCUUUGUAAUAAUGACACCUUUACAUUAACAUUUCAGUCUGUAGCCACAAUUGAAAAUUAUAUGCAUUUAAUUUUUAAUGUAACCGUUAAUACAAAUUACUACAAUAGACUUAAGUUGGUGUAUGGCUGUGACGAGAACGAGCAGUUUUAUGGUCUUGGUGUGCAGUAUACAUACUUAAAAAUGAGAGGACACCGUGUUCCUCUAUUCAUUUCUGAGCAAGGAGUAGGUCGUGGUGUUGAACCUUUAACUGCUAUUUUAAACUUAAUUUCAGCUGGUGCAGGAGGAAAUCACUUCACAACUUACUCGCGUGUUCCUUUCUAUGUGACAAGUCUUAAUCGCUCUCUUGUGAUCGAGUCUUUUGAAUAUGCCACUUUUUAUGUCCCUGUAUUUGGAACAUCAGUCACCAUUGAAAUAAAUGCAACAAAUAUACGUGGGAGGAUAAUUACAGGUGACUCUCCACUUCAUAUACUGCAAUCUUAUACAUCAUACACUGGAAGGAUGAAACCAUUGCCUACAUGGUUCCAUAGUGGUGCUAUUUUGGGUUUGCAAGGUGGACCUAAAAUUGUAAUGGAUAUACUCAUGUCUGUUAAUAAAACUAUGGGCACACUGAAAGAUGUUGUUGGAGUGUGGCUGCAGGAUUGGUCAGGACAAAGAAAUAUCAGUGGCAAGAAUGACCUGCCUCGUACUGGUGUAUGGUGGAAUUGGGAGAUUGAUCAAAAUCACUAUCCUCAUUGGGAAGAUUUUGUUGAAAACUUGGCAACAAUGGGAAUUCGUGUGACUACAUACAUAAACCCACUUCUGGCCAAUAUAACUAAUCGUGGAACUCCAUUUCAACAUAAUUACUAUGAUGAAGGGAUAAGCAACAAUUACUUUGUUAAGGAAAGUAAUGGAAAGGUUUGGAGUGGCUACAGUAAUAGUACACUUGUUGAUUUGACAAACUUACAAGCUUACAACUGGUUGAAGAAUAUGAUUAUUAAAAACAUGCUUGCUAAUAAUAUUAGUGGAUGGAUGUGUGAUUUUGGCGAAUCUCUUCCACUUGAUGCAUUACUUUUUGAUGGACAAAGUGCCAGUGCAUUUCAUAAUACUUACUCUGCUGCUUGGGGGAAACUUAAUGCUGAGGCCAUUCAGGAUGCUGUAAAAAUGAACCUGUUAUCGGCAAAACAGGCAUCAGAGAUUGUAUACUUCAUGCGGAGUGGUAAUAUGUUUAGUUCUACACUUACACCACUCUUUUGGCUUGGGGAUCAAUUGGUCAGCUGGGACCACUAUGAUGGAUUAGGGUCAGCAAUAAUAGGACUGAUCAAUAGUGGCAUGGUGGGGUUCUCAUUGACUCACUCUGACAUUGGUGGAUAUACUGCUAUUAAAGUGAAGAAUCAACGAAUUCCAUUUGUGACGUAUAUAAGAGAUAAGGAACUUCUGAUGAGGUGGUGUGAAUUUUCAGCAUUCACUGUUACCUAUCGCUCACACCAAGGAACGUUACCUGAUGAAAAUUGGCAAUUUUAUUCAUCCACUGAUACAAUGAAGCACUUCUUCCGAAUGUCUCGUGUUUUUGUGGCAUGGAUGUUUUAUCGAGUAUCACUUAUUGACGUAGCUACUGAUAAAGGAUGGCCAGUUAUACGACAUAUGGCAUUUGUAUACCCAGGGAACACUGAAUUACAAGCUCAAGAUCUAAGAUAUCAGUACAUGAUUGGGACUGAGCUGUUGAUUGCUCCAGUAUAUAAAAAAGGUGCAAACUCGGUUAAUGUUUUUCUGCCACAGGACACGAUAUGGGUUCAUGUAUGGACUAACACCACCUACAAUGGACAAAACAAGUGGCUGAAUAUAGCAGCUCCCAUGGGAUGCCCUGUGGUUCUCUAUCCUUCCAGUUCUACAACUGGUGCACAAUUUGUUGACAAUCUAAUUAAGGAGGAUCUUAUGCAAGCUUGUAGCAACUAAUAGCAACUUUUGUUUGAUUAUUACUAAAAUUUAUAAUUGUUAUUUUAUCAAAACCAAUUAUUGUUGAAUAGAACUUUACUUUCAAUUAUAA